AAGGAGUCGCGAUACUGCAGCACGAUAAAGCCUCCUGCUGUAGCAACAAAGAGCUCGUUGCUCAAGAUACAAGUUUUUCAACGAUGGCUGGUCUUGAGCUGCCUCGAUUGCCUCCUCCAUUUAUUUAUGUUCCCAACUUGGCAAAUCUUCGAGAUGCUGGAGGGCUUGCCAUUGCUGAUACAAAGGCCGUUGUCAAAAGGAGACAUCUGUACAGAAGUGCAGAUCCGUCGCUGUGCACUGAAGACGAGAUCAGGUUUUUGCACGUUGAGCUGGGCAUCGAACAUAUUUUCGACCUUAGAUCGGAACCCGAAUUCGAGAAACAAGGUCGGGAGGUUGUUGCAGGGUUUGCUGAGCGCAUAGAAAAAUAUAACUCUGAAAACACGGGCUCCUCCAAGAUCCAGCGAUACUGGACUCCAGUUUUCAAGACGGAAGACUAUAGCCCUGAGAGUGUAGCUUUACGUUUCAAGGACUAUGGUGCCGAGGACGACAUGGGUUUCGUCCGAGCCUACACCGAAAUAUUACUCCACGGAGGGCCAAGCUACUCAAAAAUUCUUCGGCAGCUUGGAAGGGAGGGUGGAGGCCCAGUCUUGCUACAUUGUACGGCAGGGAAAGACAGGACCGGGGUCAUAGUCGCAAUCAUCUUAAGCCUCCUCGGAGUGGACAGAGCAGACAUCUGUCAGGAAUACCAGCUGACAGAAACUGGGCUGGCAUACAGAAGGCCGGAGUUGCUGGAGAAGCUCAUGGCGUCAGGCGCCUUCGAAGGAGAAAAGGGUAGGGAAGCUGCCUUGAGGAUGUCUGGUGCUCAAGCUAUCAGCAUGCAGAAAACGCUCGAGAUGAUAGACGAGAGAUGGGGAGGUGCAGAGGGGUACGUGAAAGAGGUGUGUGGGCUGAGUGACGACGAGAUUGCUGCACUAAGAAAACAAAUGACUGAGUCCGUCGACAAGGCGCACUCCGGUCGUGGGAUUCGUGCUGCUGUGUUGGCAAAACGAAUUAUCUUUUGAAAGGAUUGGAAGCUUCGUAAGCCUUCAAAUAGAAAUAGAGUGGUAGAGAUUCCGAACCCAGAU